AUGACGGGGAUGACGGGAGUGGUGAAGUCCUGGAAUGGGCUCAAGGGCUUCGGCUUUAUCGAGGGGAACAACAUCCAGACCGAUGUGCUCUUCUCCAAGCGAGAGCUGCCAGAAGACUUUCGCGAAGUGCAGGGAAAAUUCCUGACGGGAAGCGCCCUGGAUGCAGAGUUGAGGGGAGGCCUUGAGCGCAGAGUUGGUAAUCUACCAAUUUGUUUGCUAGUGGCUCCACGCGGUGACAGACCCUUUGGGCUUCAGAAGCUAAGACCUUGUCACCCGGCCUCAGAGGGAGGCAAAUGCUGCGAUCCCAAGCUGUCAUGUUUCUUCAGUCAGUGGGGCCUUGUCAAACGGCGUGGCAAAAGCUACUAG